GCGUCAAUUAAUAGGAGACGAGGAGAGAUAAACCCCCCCGUAUUCGCAGGCUCAUCGACUUCUCGUCUUCCUCUCCUCUCUCUCGUUUCGAUUCCCCCGCGAGAGAUUCGAUCCAACCAAACCCACCCGCUACCAGCGUCUUCUCCUUCGCGAGCAAGUUUUUUGAGAGUUUGCAAUGGGAGGAAGCGAAUACGAUGAUGACUGGGAGUUGCCUAGCGCUGACAUCACUGUAGUUCUUUGCGGCAAACUUGGCUGUGGCAAGAGCGCAACUGGCAAUAGCAUCGUUGGAAGAGAAGCAUUUGUAUCAGAGUACUCCCAUGCUAGUGUGACCAGUACUUGUCAAUUGGCCAGCACCGCGCUAAAGGAUGGCCGUACCCUCAAUGUUAUUGAUACGCCAGGAUUAUUUGAAAUGACCAUUACAUCUGAGGAUGCCGGUAAAGAAAUUGUUAAGUGUAUGAGUAUGGCCAAGGAUGGGAUACAUGCAGUGCUGAUGGUUUUUUCUGCCACAUCUCGUUUUACUCGAGAAGAUUCCAGUACCAUUGAGACAAUUAAAGAGUUUUUCGGAGAGAAGAUUGUUGAUCACAUGAUACUAGUAUUUACUUAUGGAGAUUUAGUUGGUGAAAAUAAAUUGAAGAGCAUGCUGAAUAAUGCCCCAGAGUAUCUGCAGAAAACUGUUGAGCUAUGCAAAAACAGAGUUGUUCUCUUUGAUAAUAUGACCAAGGACCGAUGGCUCCAAGAGAAGCAACUUGAAAAUUUGCUUGAUGUUGUUGACUCUGUGAAUACAAAUAAUGGAGGAAAGCCAUUUUCAGAUCAAAUGCUCGCUUGCAUUAAGGAAGCACAUGCCAGAGAACAGGAGGUGCAUGAUGCUAUUGGAUAUACAGAAGAGCAAAUAUCUGAAUUGAAAAAGGAGAUCCAGAGAACUCGGGAUGAACAGCUUGCAAACAUUACCAACAUGGUGGAGGAAAAGCUGAAUAUCACUGUUGACAAGCUGCAACAGCAACUCAUGGAAGAACAGAAUGCAAGGCUAGAAGCAGAGAGGUUGGCAGCUGAAGCUAGGCUCCGAUCAGAUGAGGAGAUCCGCAAGCUCAAAAAGCGCCUCGAGAAGGCCCAACAAGAAAAUGAGGAAUUCCGAAAGAUGGCUUCUCAACACAAGUGUUCUAUUCUAUGAGUAGCUUUCUCCUAGGAUCAAGCUGCUGCCAUGGUUGAAUGCUCCGUGCAUUGUUAAUAGAGUUCAGAACAGUGCUCUAGGCUAUGUGGUUGACAUAAAACUUUUGCUACUGGGCUAUCUCAUAUCUGUAAAUAUACAGGUAUUUGGAUUUUUAAUGUCCAAGGAUUUUGACUAUCAUCCCUGCUAGUUCAUCCUUGUGAAAAGUGAAUUUUGGUGAUCGUCUUCUUCUGAAAA